AUGACCUCUACUACCUCCAACACAGUUGCCAAGCCCCGCCCUGCCUCAGAGGGAUUGCUCAAUGAGAAAUGGGACCACUGCCUUGCGAAUCUCUUGGUGAAGUCUACCCUCGGUGCCGGAUUCGGUAUCAUCUUCUCAGUCCUUCUAUUCAAGCGCCGCGCUUUCCCCGCCUGGGUUGGUCUUGGAUUCGGCGCUGGUAGAGGAUACGCUGAGUGUGACCGGGAGUUCAAAGAUGGUGUCUUUCUGCGUGUUUUAAGGAUGCCCGUUAACAUCGGAGGAGGUGUUCUUUUUCAUGCUUAA